CCCUCAUCUCAAACACCGUGUUAUGAAACUGAGCUCAGCUGUCAGGUCACGUGUUGCCAGAUGAGGGAUAGCUGCUGACUCCAUAAUUUUCAAUUCAAUGGAAACAGACUGAAAGUUUUCUCUGAGUGGAAGAUCAGGACUGUUCAUAAUGCAGUUGGAGGCCCAGCUGCGUCUGUGUCAGAGCUGUCUUUGGUGCUACAAGAGUGGACUGCGUCUGCUCUCCCAGAGCGCUGCAUGCAGAAAAGCUGUGAACUACUACGAUCUCCUGGGAGUCAAAUCUGAUGCCACCUUGGAUGAAAUUAAAAAUGCAUUUUUCGACAAAUCUAAAAAGAUGCACCCAGACAGCGACCCAACCAACCCGGGGCUACACGGCCAGUUUGUGCAGCUGAACGAGGCCUACCGAGUGCUGAGCAAGGAGCCGAGCAGGAAGGAGUAUGACUUUAAAAACAGACAGCCCUACAGCGGGAAUCAGGCCUUCAGAUCAACCUCCAGCUACAGAGCCAGUACGGCGGCCCACGAAAAUAUUCGUUACUGGGAGCAGUUCCGUCAAACUCAGGAAAUGCCGGCAGAGGAGUGGCAAAAGAGGAGGAAGAGGAACAUCCGCCUGGUGGGCUACUGCAUCAUCACUAUGCUUCUCAGUGUUGGAGCCCAUAUAAUCUUCUUCAGUAAACUGGAGGAGGUUCACAAUAACUUCAUGGACGAGAAAGAUCGAGUCAUCAAAGAAAUAUACAAUGAAUCCAAAGAGAGGGCCAGGGUCAACGGCUUUAAGAGACAGACAGAAAUCCUGCGGCAGAAACACGCUGAGUUUCUGGAGAAAUACAAAAUCCACAAAGAUGGAGAGGACAAGUAGGAAGGUCUCCAGCUGUGCUCUGUGAUAGCUCAACUUAGAUGGGAAUCAAGUUUGAACUGCCAGCAGGAAGAAACACAGCAGACUGGAUGUGGUACUAUUUUUUUAGAGUUUUAAAGUUAAUUCUAACCUAUUCACACAUUGUUGAUAUGCCCGUGUUUUCCCCUCACACGUGAUACUGAGGAAGCACACAGAGCACGGGUGUGAUGUGGGAGGGUUUCUUUUUGGUCACACUUGGUUUAUUUCUAACCAAAGCCAAGCUGUGUUAAACUGGACUUGACAGGUUGCUCAUAAAACAUUUAUACUGAUGCUGCUGUUCAACGGAUCUAAUUAGAGUUUGUGUACAAACCUCUCCGCUGUUUGUUCAGAGGAGCCGUAAUGAACACUGAUAAACUGCCUUCGAUGACUCACAGGAACACAUUAUUGUCCUCAAGUUAUGAUGACGUGACUGUUGUAAAGCUGAUAUGUUUCUGGCUGCUGAAACAAACUGAUAUUGAUUAAAGUAUUGGGAAGAGAACAAGAAGACACGGUAAAAAGAGUUUGAU